GACGCGCGGCGAGCGGGCGGGCGGGCAGGCAGGCGGGCAGGCAGGCGAAGGCGAGAGGAGGAGGAGGAGGCAGGCAGGCGGGGAGGGGGGACCGACGGGAGGAAACGCGCAGGGAGGAGCAGCCCACUGAGGAGCAAGGCCGACCGCGACGCCGCCCGAUUUCCUUGGCCAGUGAGUGAACAUCAGACUGAAGCAUGGGAAAUAUUUUUGCUAACCUCUUCAAAGGCCUCUUUGGCAAGAAAGAAAUGCGUAUACUUAUGGUUGGGCUGGAUGCUGCAGGGAAGACUACUAUAUUGUACAAACUCAAACUCGGUGAAAUAGUAACUACCAUUCCGACUAUAGGUUUCAAUGUAGAAACAGUAGAAUACAAGAACAUUAGCUUCACGGUGUGGGACGUAGGUGGCCAGGAUAAGAUCAGGCCACUCUGGCGCCAUUAUUUCCAGAAUACGCAAGGUUUGAUCUUUGUGGUCGAUAGUAAUGACAGGGAGAGAGUCAAUGAGGCCCGAGAAGAACUUAUGAGAAUGUUGGCAGAAGAUGAACUAAGAGAUGCUGUCCUUUUAGUGUUUGCUAACAAACAGGACCUGCCAAACGCGAUGAAUGCAGCGGAGAUCACAGACAAGCUGGGACUGCAUUCCCUUCGCCACAGGAACUGGUACAUCCAGGCCACCUGCGCCACUAGUGGGGACGGUCUCUAUGAAGGACUGGACUGGUUGUCCAAUCAGCUCCGAAACCAGAAAUGAAGCCCUGAGAUUGUCCUCUUCCCUGCCUCUUUUUCUCCACCUUCCUUAUUCCCUCUGCCUCCUCCUCCUCCUCCCCCCGUCCCCCCUUCGCUUUACUCUAACGUGGCAAACCGUGCUACUUUGUGGUAUUGAGUGCCGGAAGCUGUUUUCAUUUCUCUCGUCACAGGAUGUCUUCACCAUGCUGUACGUGUGGCAAACCCAAGCCUGAAAACAGUUUAGGUUUCUUAUUUAAUGUAAAUAGUUCUUGUUUCCAAUGAGACAGUUUCUGGUACUCCUAUGCAAUAUUACUCAGCUUUUUUAUUAUAAAAAAAUCAACUCGCUGUUUAGUACUGGGAAAGGGAUUUAAAGUGGAUUCAGAGAAGGGUUGCCAGUCGACUGGCUGUACACUAGAGCUGAAUAAGAUCCCUCUUGGCUUGUGAGGUCUGUGUGGAGGCCAGAUUUGGUGGCUAAUUUUUAGCCUGGAGAUGUCAGUUUCUUUUUGUUUUUCUUCUUUUUUUAAGAAAGUUGAAACACUUGAACAAAAUGUCCAUUGUGAGUUCUGCAACAACUUGAAUACCAGCAAUUUAACAUGUUAUAGAUCGUAGAAUGAGCAUCAUUCUGGAUCUUUCUGUGCUUGACAAAACCCUUUGUGUUUUUAUGUGAAUGUGAGACCCUUAUAAAGUCAGAGAUCAUUCGGUUUAGGCCACAGAGUUGAGAGACUUUGGCACGCUUGCAAACACUGUAAACCUCUAACUCUCUUACACAUGGGCAAGAAUAGUUUGUUUCUCUUGCUUCUAAUUUGGGUGCCAUCUUCAUCUGUUCUGUUCUGUUCCCCUAAAGUGUUUUGGACUUUUCUUGUGUGGAACUACUCCAGAAGGCAAAUGCUUUCCAGCCCGUAGCAGUUCUCAGCUCUUUCAUCAGCAAGUACUGUACUUAAGUAAGAAAUGCCAUCCAGACCAUCGAAUCUAGUGUCUAGGGGGGGAAUGAUAAAAGCAUGAGAGUUUUGAGCUUCAUUCCAUUCUAGAAGUGUUUGAUGCCAUGUUUUGAACACUCCCGCAUCUGCAUACGUGUGAAAACCCUUCACAUCCCUCAUACUGCAAGGUUCAGAUUUGCCAUCAAGAAAGACCUCUAACUUUUUUCUUUUGUAUUUUGAUAAAACACUGAAGAAGCUGGAACUGUUUAAACUUUAACUUGAGGAACUAUCAGAACUGGUUUGUUUAGUGUUGUGGAAAAUCUCUUUAUUUGCUUUCAACACACAGUAAUCAACUGUUUUGUAUACUUGUUUUCAAUUCAUUUCAACAACAAGCACUGUAAUUAAAGCUAUUAGAAUAAAAAUCUCUUAACUAUU